CAUCACACUUUCAUUUUGGUUUCUAAUUCACAUAUUGACACGCCGCGUAGACUUUAGUGUAGAAUUAGGAUAGUAAAUACAGAAAAGAAAAGAAAACUAGGGAUAAGGCUUGAAGAAUUGCAUUUUGAUGCUUUCUCAAGGAACUCCCAAGUUCAUCACAAAGGAAUAUCAAAAAACAAUGAUGGAAAAGAAUAGUAGUGGAUCGGAAAGCGAAGAUAGUAAUAAUAGAAGUGAUGGAUUGGUGGUGUUUGGGAAUAGGGGUAGGGUAUUUGGAGUGAAUGAGUUGUUGGGUUCAGAAGCUGAGAUUUUGGGGAAGGGGACUUUUUGGACUAGUUACAAGGCAUAUUUGGUAGAUGGAGAUGCUGUUGUUGUAAAGAGAUUCAAGGUUCCUUGUGAUUUUGCAAAAGAUGAGCUUCAGAAAUUAGGACAAAUGGUGCAUCCAAAUUUGAUUCCUAUAAGAGCAUACUUCUUUAGUCAAUCUGAGAAACUACUUAUACGCGAUUACAUGCCCGUUGGAAGUUUGUCGCAUCAUCUACAUGGACAUGGAGGCAAGAACAAGACUCCACUUGAUUGGCAAGAUAGAUAUAGAAUAGCUUAUGGGGUUGCGCGCGGGAUCGAAUAUCUUCACUCUCAGUGCCCUAUUGUGUGCCAUGGAAACUUAAGGUCAUCCAACAUCCUCCUCACCAGUGGCCUUGAUGCCCAUUUAUCAGACUUCAGUAUAGCUCAACUUCUCUCACCCAAUUCCAAACUCAACUAUGUUGCUGGAUAUCGAGCACCUGAGGUGACAAAUGUACAUCAAGUUUCUCAGAAAUCCGAUGUCUACAGCUUUGGUGUCCUGCUUUUGGAACUGCUGACAGGUAAGGCCCCAAUGGGUGAUUUUGAUUUGCCUAAAUGGGUGCGUUCGAUGUGUCAGGAGAAGCCAAUCAUUGAUGUGUUUGAUCAGAAGUUACUAAGGCAGCAAGAGAAUAUUGAGGAGCAAAUGUUUCAGUUUUUACAACUAGCAAUUUGUUGUACUUUUGAGUAUCCUAAUAACAGACCCUUAAUCGCGGAUGUGGCAAACCGGAUUAAGGGUAUCUGUAAACCCGAAUUAGGAUAACUCGACACAAAUAUUCCAUGUCUCAUACCCAAUAGCAAAAAUCGCGUAAAAAUAAAAUAAAAUCUAAUAAAUUAAAAAAUAAAAUAACUGUACUUGCAGAGCUAUCACUAAACAGCAGUUUAUUGAUCCUGCUCUAAAACAAUACACAGUUACUAUGUAUUCCAAAUCUUGUCCUGCUUGUUUGAUUGUUUAGGAAUAUAUCUUUCAGUUUAAAUGAAGAUAACAUCAAUUACACAUGGUUUUAUUUGUGAUCUCAUGAA